ACGAGAUCAGUUGUGUUUCCAGCCUUCAAGAUGUUAGUCCUCCUAUCAGUUCUACUGCUGCUGAGAAUGGUUCAUUCAGCAAUCUCAGUUCAGGCUAGCUCGGGCUGUCGCAUUACCUUGGGUGAAUAUUCAAGAACGAACAGACUGGGAAUAAUUUUACACUUCGAUGCCGGGAUAUAUCGUUUCAAGGAACCGCUGAAUGGAAUCUACGAAUGGAAUGCCGGAGAGUCUAUUUUUGUUGGGUGUGGUGAUCAAAUAAAUACAGUCACGUGCUCUUCAAAUGGCGAUUUAACGAGAGUUUUAAAUUGUUCGAAGGCUCCGAAAUACUUCUGGGUUGAGGGCGCUACAUCGACGACGUUUGGAACCGUCUACCAAAUAGGGUUCAAAGUUGGCACCGACACUUUCCUGCCUUUGUACAAAGUUAGCUAUGACAAGCAAGAGUGUACAACGAGAUAUUCCGAACACACAUUGAUAGGAACAUUUUUUGGAGACGACUUAGCAACGAGAAGCAAAAAGAAAGAUUUCAGCCCUUUUCUCUGCAAAGAUCUUACAGAAAUCAAACCAAUCAAUGAUUGGUACUCGUGGAAUAGUCAGAAAGAAGUGUUGCAUGGAAACCAGAAUGUACCAAACCAGAAUGUAGUAUAUGAACUUCAAAGAGGACACUUAACACCGGACCGAGAUAUUCCGGAUCAUGUUUGGAAGCGUACCACCUAUACAUUUGCUAAUGUCGUACCGAUGUAUAGAACAAUUCAUUCCGAAGGUGGUAACUGGUGGAAACUGGAAGAGCUGGCGAAUAAUUUAAUAAUUGUAAAUCGAGGGGUAUGUACAAUUUAUACCGGUGGCUUGAAUGUACCAGAGUUUACGAAGAACUAUUUGUCCGGAGCAGAAGGUAAAAUCGCUAUCCCUCAUUGGCUCUGGAAAGUGGUCAAAUGUGGCAACGCAGGUUUUGUGGCCUUCGUUCUUAACCGAAUUGAAAAAACUACGUUCAACACAUUUUGUACACAGGACCAGCUUUCAAUGAUAGGCUAUACGGGUCAAUUCAAAAAAGAGCCCAAGCACGGACGGAUACAUUUCUGUAAAUACGCAGAUGUACGACAUGGAAUACUACCGGCUGAGGCAAGUUUCACUGAUCUUCUGAGAGCCAAUGUGGUUUGAAAGCCUACACAGAAACGAUAAUAAAUACUACGAAAAUUGUGAAUUCUUGAAAUUUGAAUGAAUAAACUUCUU